GGUGGGGCCCCCUCCGACCCUACCCAGGGGGAGGGGCAGGGGUGGGUGGGAAAUAUUUAAGCUCCGGCUGUUGGCCGCCAUGUGCCCCGCCUGCCCGGCCUAGUCGUGUUUUUUUUCCUUGAUUACAACAUUGAGGAUCCAACAGACCAACUUUGUCAAAAUGUCCGAGGUAGAUGUUGUCAAUGUCCAGCAGGAGACCGUCGAGGUCGUUGAGGAGGUCCAGGUUCCCCUCACCAUCGAGGACUCCCUCCACCAGGUCCUGAAGACCGCCAUGAUCCACGGCGAUCUGGCCCGCGGUCUCCGUGAGACCACCCGCGCCCUGUCUCGCGGUAACGCCCACUUCUGCGUCCUGGCCGAGGAUUGUGACGAGAAGAACUACGUCGCCCUCAUCGAGGCUCUGUGCGCCGAGAACAAGAUCCACCUGAUCAAGGUCCCCGAGCAGAAGCGCCUCGGCGAGAUGGUCGGCCUGUGCAAGAUCGACCGCGAGGGCAACCCCCGCAAGGUCGUCCGCUGCUCUUCCGCCGUCGUCGUCUCCUUCGGUGUCACCACCCCGCACUCCGACUUCCUCAUGGCCUCUUUCGCCUCCUCCGAGUAAGUUCCUCCACUUGAGCGUUGUGGCCGGUCCCGCUCUCUCUCUCUCUCUCUCCCCCCCUGAAAGGCAAAGCCCGAGGAGGGAGGGCCGUGUGAUGUGGUGUGUGUGUGGGGGUGCGCUGUCUCCUCGUGUGACGCCGCCCCUUGCCUCCACGCACGCGGCAUUCCCCUUUCCUCCUCGGGGAGGAGAGUGGCGGCCGGCUUUUCACGACCUGCGCUUUCUAAGUGUGUGUGUGUGCGCGAGCGAGGGAUGGUACUUGUGUAUGUGGUUCCCCUCCAAGGGUGGAGGAAGCAUAGUCAUUGGGGGCGAGGCAAGAUUGUGUGCCUUGUGCAUGCCACACUCUCCCUCUCGCUAUCUUCCCCCCCCUCGAGCCGAAGUGUUCCUUUCCGUGUCCUUCCCAAUGCACUUGUCUUUUCCUGC